AAAUGCUGUUAAUUAGUUAAUAUAUUUAAGUGUGAUUAACUGUUCCUCUUAAAUCAUUUACUGUGAUGAACCUUGCUGUUUAUUUUGUGCGUAACUAGUUAGAUUUGCAAUGUCAUUGCUGGAUGAUGCCCAUAAGGAAAUCCCACAAGUCGCUUCGUCUAACAAUUAAAGUCAACAAAACGAAUUUACUUUAAACACCACGCUGGAGACGUCUGGUUUUCGAAUAGGUUUUAUGGAAUUUGUAGUUUGAUAACUUGCAGUCGCACAAUAUGAAAGACGUAUCGAUCAGACAUCCGUGCAAUGACCUAUCCGUAUUGCCGCGGCAUCGGCCACACGGAUCUCGAUGAAAUGAUUUUUCUAAAAAAAUUCUUAUGUUAAUCGUGGCGACCUUGUCCGAAAAUUUAUCACCUUCGUGGUGCAAAAGCCAGACUGGAAACAGCCGUUCCUCCAUAAUUGUGCACAUAUAUAUAUAGUCGUGCGUGUGCGAGGACCAAUUCAGUCGUUCGUCAAAAUUUGCCGAAAAUGAAACUGUCCACCCUGUUGGUACUCGCCUGUGCGGUGAUCGCGGCCAGCGCGGCCACCUACCACGUCUAUCCGGAGGAGGAAGCCGUGCACGUCAGGACGAAACGUUCGCCGAUCCUGGGCAAGGCUCUGUUGGGAGCCGGUAUCCUGGGUGCCGGAGCUUUGGGCGCCGGAGCCAUCGGCGCCGGUGUAUUGGGAGCCGGUGUUUUGGGUGCCGGAGUUUUGGGUGCCGGUAUCGCUAAGGGUGCCGUUAUUGGAGGAAUCGCCGGACGUGCCAUUGGCGGCUACGGAGGCGGCUACGGUGGCGGCUACGGAUACGGCGGCGGCUACGGAUACGGAUAUCCUCACCACCACUACCACGUUUACCACUACGACGACUACUAUUAAAUAGUUAGUUACAACUGUUGUGGACUUUUGUAUUUAUUUCUUGUACAAAUAAAUUAAUUUUAAGUU